AUGAUGAUUGAAGUACAUGCACGUAACACUCUCUAAGAGGAAAGUAAUCAUCUUACUACAAAGGUUGACAAUAAAAGUAAAGAAGCUAAUAGUACAAUAAUGUUCACUAGAGUAUAUAUGCUUUGCAUUUUGAUAUCAGCCAAUGAUAGUGGACUUUUAUUUUUGAUGGUAAAUUAUUUAUAAUAUUAAAGAAAUAACUUAAAAUAAGUUAAAAGCUAUUAUAACUGUUCCAAACAAAUGAAGAUUUUAGACAAUUAUUUUAAGGAAUUUAUUAAUAUUUAGUCUCAGAAGAAUUAGAGCUUUGA